GGAAUUACUAAUUCUCGCGUCGGGCCGCCUUCAUCGUUUGAACAGCAUCCCGAAAUUCGCAGUCUUUCAACUGGAUGAGAGGCAAUGCGAGUGGAGUGAGAUCCCAGGUUUGGGAAAAGAUGUUGUUUUCAUUGGCCGCGGCAGUGUUUCUAUCUCCAUAUUGGCUUUCCCUUUUCUGGAUAACUUGAUCAAGUCUAAUUGCAUUUAUUUCAAGUAUCAUCACAUUGAACCUAAUUAUCUUUUUAAGAAUAGAGAUAUGGGAAUCUACUAUCUUGAAGAUGCAACUGCUGAAGGCUUUAGCAACAUCGACAAAUG